AUGGAACCAAAACACAAAAAAAAUGAAACAGCAGUCUCAGAAUUUCUUCUUCGGGGAAUCUCAGAAAGGCCAGAGCAUCAGAUGCUCCUCUUUGGGCUGUUCCUCUCCAUGUACCUGAUCAGUGGGAACCUCAUCAUCAUCUUGGCCAUCACAGACUCCCACUUCCACGCGCCGAUGUACUUCUUCCUCUCCAACCUGUCCCUUGUCGAUAUUUUCUUCUCUUCCACCAGUCCCAAGAUGCUGGUGAACCUUCGCACCCAGAGCCGAGCCAUCUCCUUUGUGGGCGGCCUUGCUCAGAUGUAUGCCUUCCACCUGUUCAGGACCAUGGACAGCUUCCUCCUGGCCAUGAUGGCCAUUGACCACUUUGUGACAAUUGUCCACCCUCUACACUACUCAGUCAUCAUGAGCCCUCGUGUCUGUGGGUUGCUGGUUGGGGAGCCAUGGCUGAUCACCAGUCUCCAGUCAUUCAUGCACACCUCCCUCAUGGCUCAACUGACCUUCUGUUCUGGCUCCGAAAUCCCCCACUUCUUCUGUGAUCUCAUGCCCCUGCUGAAGCUCUCCUGCUCUGACAUUCACACCAAUGAGCUGGUGGUUUUUGCUUUUGGCAUCAUCAUGGGCAUCAGCCCCCUCUCCUGCAUCCACCUCAUUUUCUGGGCAGUCUUCAAGAUCCCUUCUGCUCAGGGCAAGUGGAAAGCCUUCUCCACUUGUGGCUCGCCCCUCACCACAGUGUCACUGUUCUAUGGCACCAUCUGGGCCGUGUACUUGCAGCCCACAUCUGCCGCUUCCUCCCAGAAGGACAAGGUGGCUGCCCUGAUGUGUGGGGUGCUCAUCCCCAUGCUGAGCCCCUUUAUAUACAGCCUAAGGAACAAGGACAUGAAGGCAGCCCUGAGGAGGUUCAUCAGCAAAGCAGUCUCCUGUCAGUGCUAGGUCAGAACGGUGGUUGGCAUUUACCGUGUUCCAGAACCACUGUUGGGUGGUGAGAACACAGAGAUACAUCCCAUCCGCCCUCAAGGCAUUCAGAGUUGAGUGGGGGACAGAGAUGUGUGA